AUGAUGAAGAAUAAGAGAGAUAAGAGGAAGAAUGAUGCCAAUAAAUCCAUCACUAACACCAACGCCAAAGCCGAGCUUCGACCAAGCCGCCGUCACGCCGUGCAAUCAACAACAUCAAGAUCUACAUUAGGACUUUUACAUCAAAAAGUAUUUGAUCCAACACAACCUCCUAUUCUUGUUUAUGGAUUCUUCCCUUUCACAUAUUUACCUAUGAUCUUAAAAUCCCUAGUCAAGAUGUCAAUAAACAGCGCAAAAGUCCUAAAAACAGAGCCAUUAGACCCGGCAAAGGCGAAAUGGACAAAACUCAUUCAAUCAACAUACUGCGAUCCUGGAGGAAACGUCCGUACUUGGGAACAUGCGGAACGAUCAACGAGACCAAAGUCCUCUGAAGUAGAUGGGGUAGGCAUCGUUGCUAUAAUUAAGAAAGAGACCGGCCCGGAAUUAGUAUUGCAGAAACAAUAUCGGCCACCACUGGAUAAAGUAGUGAUCGAAGUACCAGCUGGACUUGUCGAUGAGGGAGAAACUCCAGAAGAAGCGGCUAUCAGAGAACUGAAAGAAGAGACAGGCUAUAUUGGAGUUCUCAGCGAGAGUACGCCCAUAAUGUUCAAUGAUCCAGGAUUUUGCAAUACAAACCUCAAAAUGGUUCACGUCACAAUCGAUAUGUCCAACCCCGCGAACCAAUUCCCAGUACCUGAACUCGAAGAAAGCGAAUUUAUAGAAGUGUUUACAUUACCACUGAAAGAUUUAUGGGAGGCAUGUAAGAAGUGGGAGAAAGAAGGAUAUGCGAUAGACGCCAGAGUGGGAACAUUGGCCGAGGGGAUUGAAGUUGCUAGAACGUUCAAUUUAUUCUCGAAAUAA